AUGGGCCUCCAUCGCGAUAUCUCGCGGGCGGCGUCGGCGACAGCAGCGGCGGCGGGGGAACACGGGCACAGCCGAGGCGCGGGGCUCCGGCAGCGAGACGAAGAGGCAGACGGCGGAGACGAAGGCGGCCGCUAUUUCCGGCGGCUCCGGCGCCGGCGGCGCGGCGGAGGGCCUCUCUUCCACGGGGGCCACGGGCACGACGACCACAACCACGGACCUGCCCAAGACGGGCUGCUCAACAUCAACCACAGCGCGGCAGGCGGCGCGGGGAGAGCCUCUUCUCUCGCCGUUGGAGACACGUUUUCAUCUUCCCACGGGGGGCACUCGCACGGCGGCGGGAUGGGCCACAGCCAUAGCCACGCCCACUUCCACGUCGACAUGGCCACGCUCAAGAAACGGCCAACCCUCAUCAGGCUGUUCUUGGCUUCGAUGUGCGUUCUCGCGGUUCCGCUCUGGCGGCGCAGCAGUCGCCUGGAGUGGGCGGCCCUGGGAGGGGUCUCGAUGUUCUUGGCCGCCGUGGACAUGAGCAAGUUCGCCAUCAGCAAGCUGAGGGUGCAAGUCGGGCAGCUGUGA